CUACGCAAACAUCUAAAAAAUAAUGAAUUCUACUUAUUUUUAUACUUUUAUUCUUAAGAAUUGUUUUUCUAAAAGUAUCUUUUCGUACUUUAUAAUGUUAGAAAGUGUGGAAAAUGGGUUGAUUUGUUGUUAAUGGUGGGUUGUCGUCGAGCCGCAUCUCCCGACCGAAGUGUCCACUCGGCUUUGUUCUGGGUCACCAGAAGCGAAUCUUCAAAACAGCUCAUGGCGGCCAUUUUGACUGGCAACUUGUCGUGAACGAAAAAUUAUGAUUAGCAUUUCGGAUAAGAAAUGGCCCGAAAUUUAACACAAGGAAUAAAUCCAGAGAUGAGAAAAAGCCAUCACAGUAAACAUGGUGGCGCAAGUAGAAUAUUGGUUCUAUUAAAUCCAUUGCAUAUUCUAGGUACCCCUAAAAAACAGAAUGGUCACAGCUAGAAUACCUUUGAUCAUAGUCUGCUCAAUCAGAGCUGAUCUGCAGCUAAACAACUUCAGAGGUCUCUUGAUUAAUACCCCAUGUGCCGUGGUGGCUGUAACAGGGUCAUGUAUGAAGGUAGCCAUUGCUCAGUUGUAAACAGUGCUUCCGUGUACAUUGGUCCCCAUGAAAAAUUAUGCAUGUUGAAUGGCUCCUCUUGCAGCAACAUCAACCUUGGCCGACAGGUCGUAUGCUUUAAGGACUUGUCCUCUUCUUCAUCUUCCUCCUCUUCCUCAACCCUGUUACACAAGCCAUCUUCUGCAUUUACAAAAUGUCAUGUAUCCACUGUGGCCAAGGUGCAAGCUGACAAGCCCACUCAGCUUCCAACCAAAACAUCAGCAACAAACAGACGCAAGGGAAAGUCACGAAAUAGUAGUGUGCCAGUUCAUGGAAUGUUGCAACAGAGAGAAGCAAAAGCAAAGACGGAACGUGGCGAUGGAGAUAUUUUCCUUGAUAGCCGGAUGUCUUUCAAAGAUCGAGUUAAAUCAAAAUUUCAUCUCAAACAGUGUGAAGGCAAAGAGGACUCAAUUGAGGAUCCCGAGGAUCCCUAUGCAUUUCCUGAUCCUGUGUCAGUUGAUGUACUUAAAACUUCAACAAAUCCAAGUCAUAAUAGUACUACUACAACUACUACUGUUACUACUGUUACUACUACCACUACAACAGCAACAACAAUUACCACUAACAAUAAUAAUGCCAAUAUUAAUAAUAACAACAACAUUGUUAUAUUUGGUAAUGCUGCUACUAUUGCUGUGUCCAGUGCAGUACCAUGCAGCACUAAUAAUGGGAGUGGUAGUACUGGUGGGCUUUCAACAUCUGGAAAGCCUGUGGAAUCUGUGGCUUCACACCAACCUCCACAGUGGGCCCGAGCAUCAGCUGAAACAAGCGCUACGGCCGCUGCAAGUUCUGGCAUUGGUACUCCCAUAGCUAAACUUUAUCCAGAAUUAGCAGAAAAACUUGAAGGCCGAAAAACUCAAAAACCUGAUCAAAAAUCAAAAGGCAAAGUGGAAAGUUCAAGAACUAUGAACCGGUUGCAGACGAAAAUAGCUCAGAACAAAAUUAAAGACAAAUUGAAAAAGACUCAAGAUUAUCCUGGUAGUACAACUCAGUGUUUGUCUUCAACCCCUCUUGUUUCUCAAGCCUUGAAUCUCAGUAGUUCUGCUUGUUGUAAAACUGCAUCAGAGCCUGCUGUGGCUAUAGCUUUCAUGAAACCAUCUCCAUCAGUAGCUUUGACAACUACUGUUGCUAAACCAGUUACAGAUGAUGGAUUUUCUAUUUCUGAAACCUAUGUAAAGUCAUCUCCCACAAAUCUACCUACUGCAGCUCUCUCUCCAGGGCUCACUCAAGUUUCCAUAUCCACUCCACCUUCCUCUCAACCACCACCACCACCACUACCACCACCAUCACCACUUCAACCACCUCUUCCUGCUGCUUCUUCACAUACUGAUUCUCUUCAGAACAUGUCUACUUCAAAUAUCAGUUCAACUUUAAAUGUAACUGUAUCUGAAUCGAAAGUUUCUCAUAAACUGCCUGCUUCUCCACCAAUGUCACCAUCAGGUCAUUCUUCUCUUCUAAAAUGCCAGCUAAAAUCACCAUGUCCAAAUAGUACAAAGUCUGAAACCGUGUGGUCUCCCUCACAUAAUGCACCCAAUUCUCCACAGCAUACUGAACCUAAGUUUUCAGUAUUACACACAAAACCUAAUAAACUCAAUGUACCUGAUAAUAAAGAAGUGAUAUCUAAAUUGAAAAGUGAAUCUGCUAUGGCAUUCUACAUGAUGCACCAAAAGAAAGCCAUUCAGAAUCAUGAUUGGCUGAAUUGUGGCUUGAAUAGUUCUGAAGAUGAAGAAAAUAGUGAGGACGAACACUUACCCUGGCAGAAUGAUUGGUUAGUUUUAUCAUCUGAUGAAGAUGUUAAAGAUGAAAAUCUGUCCCCUCAUUAUCGGAGCAGAAAAUUGGCCAUCCGACGUGCACGAUUACGGCGUCAUGUUGUUCAAUCUCAAGUUGCUGGUUGCUUCAAUGCAAAUAUUCAGUUAAAUAAGAAUAAAGCAACUCUUGCUUUGAUUCAUGCCUUACGGGAUAAGCCUCCUGCUGCUCUCAAGUCUUUACAUUUUGUGCUUAACAAACCGCAGAAGAAAUGUAAUGUGCACAAAAUGUCUGGUUUAAGGAAGAGAUUCUGUUGCUAUCGAAAUGAGGAUGAUGGUAAAUGCAAUAAGAAAGCUCUCCCUUGCACAAACCAUUGUAUUAAACAUAUCAUGUAUAAUGUCGAUCAGCAAUUGUUUGAUUAUUGUACAGCAAAAUUUGCAGACAAUACACAAUGCUGUGUUCCAGUUUUUGACAUCAAACAUGAUUUACCUCUUUGUCAAGAGCAUGCUGCAAAAGCUGACAAUUAUCAAAAAGUUCAAAGCAAUGAAUCUAAACACAAAAGACCAAGGAAGAAACCUAAACCAGCUGCUCUCACAAAGACAAAGAGUAAAAAGAAGAAGAAGAAAAAUCAACGUUGCAAUGUCCGUCCACAAGAAUCUGUUCGUCGUGCUGAGAGGCUGGAGAACACUGAACCAGUUUCAGUGGAUGAGUCACCAAAUAUUGUUGCCUCUGCAUCUAGUGCAACUGCCAAUAAUGCUACUGCUGCAGCUAAAACUGUGGUCACUACAAGCCAGUCUUCAAUUCCACCAAUUACUACCGCUGUACUUGACACAUCUAGUAUACUUCAGGAUUCUCUUCUAAGUGCACCAGAAAAGACUGGUAAUUUAUUACCAAACUUACCUCCCCCAAAACGGACAUCUAUUUCUCUACACCUCCCCAUGGAUCUUCCUCCCGUCACAACUAGUUCAGCUGUUGGUUCCAGUGCAGAGCUUAAUCAUAUUGACUUUGCUAAAUUAAGUAAAAAUUUCCAGGACCUUGGAUCUGUUCUAGAUGGUGGUGGAUUUUCUCCAGACUCCAUAGAUAAAUCCUUUGAGUUGCCACUUGAUCAAGCAUCCAAGCUCCUAGAACAAGAUUUACAAGAGGUUUUCAACAAUGAUACAUUUGACAUAUUUUCAGGCCGAAAUGGAGAAUAUGAUCCUACAAAGGAAGAAUCUGAAGAUCUUGAACGUGCAUUAGCAGCAGCUUAUAAAGAUAUUCGGGAUGCUAAAGAAAAGCUUGAUAAAUUGUCCAGAGUUGGUGAUCAAUCUUCCCAGUUGAUGGAUGUUAAUGAUGAAGAAUGGACCAAACAUAUUGCAGAUUCACUUUUGAAUUCUGUCCAGCCUAAUACAGUUCCUGUCACUGCCACUACUUUGACUACUGGGAAUGGUCUAGCUUCAGAGCUUAUGAAAGAUAAUUUGAAUGUUCUUGAUAGUUCUGAUUUAACAGCUAAUUCUCUGCCUAUGUCUGGUCAAGUGAUCAACCAGCCAGUUGGUUCCAUUACAACUGCUACAUCAAAUGGAGGAACUUCAGUUUUGCCAUAUGGUUGGAUUAAUUUCAACAUGGCCUCAGUGCCAUCAUCACUUUCAGAUCAACCAUUGUCAAAUUGUAACAACCUCUUUAUUAAUAGUAAGCAUGUACCACUAGCAUCCACUCAAUCUAUAGCUUCAGAUUUGGCCUUAACAUCUUCUCAACAACUUUCAACAAAUGUUUCACACCUUUCCUCUUCAAUAUACAGGUCUGCUUCAAACAAUCGAACUGUUUUGACUACCACUUCUAAAGAAACAGCCAUAGAAGGAAACACUUCACUUGGAGGCAUGGCACCUCAGCAGGUUUCUGUUGAGCCAAAGCCUUUGUCUUCAUCUGAAUCUUCACUAGCAGCUGCAACAUCACAACAAGCUAAUUGCCAAGAAGCAACACGAACCAUUUCUGCCCAUGCUGCAGCAGUCACAUCAGCUCAAACUGGUUUGUCAGCUCAUGUAAACAUCAACACCCAAACCUCAACUCAGUUGACUACCACUAGUAUUCAGAUGCCAUCUUCUCAAACUGCCAUUCUUCCAACAUUAUUGUCAAUGCAAAGUGGCUCUAUUCGGCCUGGAAUCUGGUCCGCUGGUGGAGUGACUGCUGGAAUCCCUAUUCACUAUUACAAUGGCUUGCCUUCAUCAGGAAGAAUACCAUUUGUUCAGAACAUGGAUUCUGGACCUCCGCCUGGCAGCUCUGCUAAAUUUCAGUUAAAUUCACACUUAGAUUCAGGGGAAUAUAAACAAGAUUUGACAUUUACUUCAUUACCACAUUCCAUGGGGACUUCCCAUGGGGGAGCCCAAAGAACACGGACUGAAAAGAAUCAAGGAGCAAAACCUGGCUCUAUAACACAAUUGAACUCAUCUGGGGAAAAUACAUAGCAGUGAAUGUGAUAUUUGUAUUUCAGUGCUGUGUCCGAUUGGUCAACACCAUCAUCCACCUCCAGGUGCCUAUAUCAUGCAGUUUUAUCUGUUGUAACUUUUCAUCUCCCCACUAUUUCUUUCUCAAUCUUAGUUAAUGUGUAAGACUACAGGAGACAGCCAUGAUAAAUUUAUUGAUAUUCACACAUAACUUUUCUUUAGUUCUAAAGAACAAAGAAGACGAUUAUCCUUAACUUCUAGUCUUACUAUCAAUAUUUGAGAUCUUUAAUUGAUAAAAGUAAAAACUACAAACCCAAACUGAGCAGAGGAAAUAUAUAAGUAACCCAAUGAAUAUAUUUAAAGGAAACAAAAUGGGGGAAAGUGUUUAAUCAGAAAAGAAUAAAAAGACAAACUUAACAAUUAAGAAAUGCUUCACCACAUCAUUCUUCAUCAUUGUAAAUAUCUUCACAUUUUUUCAUAUCUUUACAUACUGCACAUAGACACUUUCUAUGUAUACACACAUACACGUGUGUGUAUGUGUGUGUGUGUGUGUGUGAGAACUGUGUGUAUGUGUGUGUGUGAGAACUGUGUGUAUGUGAACUGUGUGUGUAUAUGUGUGUGAGUAUUUAAAUGCAUACAAACAUGUAAUACAUACACAUUUAUGAUUGUGCAUAUAUGUAUAUAUAUUCCAGGUGGUUUGGGCCCUUCAAAGCAAAUCAAUUAAAUACAACCUAUUUUGCUAAUAUCUGCUAUGUUUGAAGCGACUGGAAUACACUAAGGGGACUCUGUUAUUGUGGUUUGUGUUUAAAUGUAUUAUCAUAUCAUGAAAGGUUGAAGAAAACAAGCUAUUUCAUCAGUAGCUCAGUUCAUUCUUACUGUAUUUCACAGGGAGCAUAAGAUGACUAAAACCAAGUGUAGCACAUAUUGACCCCUUCCCCUCUGUCUCUUCUUGCUAACCUCUGCUCCUUUUAUCCAAAUUUACUGGGUAUAUGGAUACUGUAAUAAACUAAUUUGCAAAAAACAAAAAUGGAAAAAAAAAAAUGAAAAAAGAAAAAGAAAAAAAAAAGAAGUAUAAAAAAAAUACAAAAAAUAAUCCCACCCCUAUUUAUGUAUUUAUCAUAGUGUAAAGAAAAAUUGAAUUCAAUAAUUUAUUUGGCAACUUUCUUUCUCACCGUUUGUGACCUUCUUUCAUUACUCACAGUACCUCAGUGUUUUGUCAUGAGCUGCAUUGGAACUGAUGUUAGUAUUUGUCGACAUAUUUUCUCUUGAGAAAAGCAAAGCCCCACCAAAAUUGUCAUUUAAUACAACUUCUAUUCGAAAUGGAGGUUUGGGGCUUUCUGGCAGUCACCGUUAGGCUGUGAGACACUACUGGAAAAUGUUUCUAUUUAAUCUGUCUAUCUAUCUGUCUAUCUAUUCAUCAUCACCAUCAUCAUCAGUUGUCAUCACUGCUUAGCUAUUAAAUUAGGAAUAAAUGCUAUUUCCUGGGUAUUUUCUUUCAUUUUAUUCUUCUUUUAAAAUAAGAUUUGUAAGCAUUUUAAAAUUAAUUUCUAACUUCAACUUUUACUACUACUACUACUACCACCAUCAGUCAAGUACUAGGAUUGAUUUAAUCGACUAAUCCUCUUUCCCUAAAGUUGUUGGCCUUGCACCUCAAUCAGACACACUUAUUAUAGAUUGAUAGAAUUGGAAGAGCAUCAAACAAAAUACUUUGUGGUAUUUAGUUUGAGCACUUUACAUUUUGGUUUCAAAUCCUGCCAAUGUCAACUUUGCCUUUCAUCUUUCCAGGGUUGAUAAAGAAGUCAAAGAUACCAACUGACCCUUUUCUCCUCAGAAUUGCUGGCCUUAAUCUAAAUUAGAAACCAUUAUUAAGAAGGCAGUGAAUUAGCAGAAUUGUUGUUAGAGCACCACCACCACCACCACCAGGGGGUUAAAAUGUUUGCUCGAGUUUAAUUGUGGCUCUUUUCAUUCUGGGUUUGAAUCUUGCCAUGGCUGACUUUGCCUUUCGUCCUUCCAGGGUUGAUAAAAUAAAGGACCAGCUAAGUGCUGGGGUCAACAGUAUUGACUUAUCCCCAUUCCCUCAAAAUUACUGGCCUUCUUCCUAAAUUAGAAACCAUUAUUAUUAUUAUUUUUUUUUUUUAUUAAAGUACUGUAAUUUCCAUUGUUUUCAGACACACUUCUUUACUGAAUCAUUUCAGUUAAUUUUAUUUUGAUUAACAUUUUUUUCUGAAAAAUUUAUUUCAAUAUUAAUUUACUCUCUAAAAAGUUAGUUCCUUUUUAUUUUUUUUUAACAUAAUUAUGUCAAUGGAUCUCUAAGCCCAUAUCUUUUCUUUUCGUCUUAUUUAUCAAAGUACUUAGUGAUGGAGUAAUUUACUUUCCAACACCAAUGGACAAAUUAUGAAUAUUUAAAUAAUGUGACGUAAUAUAUAAUGCAUUCAGCUUUUAUCAUUCAAUAAAUUUUUUUUUUGGCUAAAAUAAUGGAAAUAAUGCAAAAAAAUAUUUUUAAUAUUCCAUAUUGAUAUCUAUAUAUUUAAAAAUAUUUUUAAUAUUGUAUUUCUAGUUAUAUAAUUAAUUCAUAAAUGUAAUGCAUCCCUUGAUUGCCGUAAUAUUAUGAUAUUCUUUCUUCCUUCUACACAAAUUGAAUAAAAAUAAUUUAUUUUCUUAAUAAAUAUUAGAGGGGCAAAAUCAGUAACAUUUUCCAAGUAGAUGUUUGUAUCUGAAAGGAAACUUUUAAUGUCAGUUUUCGGCAUCAGCUUCAUUAAUAUAUGUUUUUCUGUGCCCCACACUCUUCUCCCAGCUUCUGUUCCUAAUGAUUAUCACCUUAUUGACAUUAAAUAUCUUAACAGAAUUAUUUUUUGGUCACAUUUAUUUUUCCUCACUGUCUUGUGUUUCUAAUAUAUUUCUUCACAUUUUAUUAUUUGCAAAAAAAAAACAAAACAAAAAAGAAACAAAAAAAAAAAACUUCCUGCCAAUUAUUAUUGCACUGUUACAAACAUAGCCCUUUAGUGUACUUUAUACUACAGCUUUUUUUUUCCCAUAAUUAUUUUAUUUUAUUUGUUUUUGUAUGAGGGAUAGUGGAGAUGCAAUAAAUAGGUUACAAAGUUUAUUAAAUCCCUUUUGUUGCUUCUUCAGUCUCUGUUAUCUAGUUGUAAAUCUGCCAUGAAAUAACUAAUGUUUUCAGAAGCACACAGUUAAUUAUUGUUUUUAACUGACAAACUAUUUCGAAAUUGUCAUUUGUUUAAUGUCAUAAAUAAAUAUCAUUUCCAUUCUCUCUGCAUGUUUUUCUUUCCCAUUUUAAGGUGAUGAACUUUUCAUUUUAAAACUGACGACGAAAGACUAAAAUACUUGCUGCAAGAGCUUUUGCUAUUUUGUGAGUUGUUCUCCCAUACCCUCCUUGUCUCUUGUCUCACCAAAUGAAAUGUGUUAUAUGAAUUAUUAUUAUUAUUAUUAUUGCAAAUAGUUAAUCACUGCUUUAACUUGCUUAGUUUUAUCAAUCAUAAUUAAUGCUGUAGUUGUUAAUUUAUUUUUAUUUCAAAAUGUUACUUCAUCAAAAUACUAUUUUCGUUUUAUUUGGUUUUCUCUCUUGCAUAACAUAAAUUAAUUAGAAAAAAAUAUUUCCUGAAAACUGUCAAUUUAUGAUGAUUAAAAUUUCAUAAUUUAAACAACCUUUAUUAUAAUAAGAGUUUAGGAGAACUUUCUUUUCAAUCAGAUAUCUUCUUAGAAAUUCAACCUCUUUGAUCAUUCCAGGUUUUUAAAUCAUUAGACUUUUCCUGUGGCUUAAAGAUAAAAUGAAACAAACAAAUCCUUUUAGAUUUAUUUGAUAUUUAAUAAUAAUUGUAAAUUUAGUUAUUCAGCAGAUUUGACGGAUGCUUUUUAAUCGAAGACCACCCACAAAUACUUCAGUUCACUUUUUCUUGGUUUAUAGAUUCUAGUCACCAUAUUGAUGUUAUAAUUCCUGACAAGAAAUGUUAUGUACAUCUUUCUAACUUUUUUAAAAACCACUUUCAGUCUUGCAUAAUAAUAAUAAUAACAAUUCUGAUGAUGAUGAUAUUAUUAUUAUUAAAUAACUAAUUAAGAAAAUGUAAUAAUGUCUUUAUAAAUCAGCCAGAGCAUCUUAACAUCAUUCAUCACUCAUACACAUGAUUUAAAAAAAAACACAUCAUCUAAUGGUUGAUGGUCAGAGAAAAUCACUUUCAGUUUAACUCAUAUUUUAAAAGUGAAAUUUCAAGAGGUAAGAAUAUUUUGAAUAAAGUCACUCUUCUAAUAUGAGAUCAAACUUUAUUCCUAAAUAUUUUGCAUGGUUUUGUUUUGUUUUUUUAUUUAUUUAUUUAUUUUUUUUUUUUGUAACAGCUAAAUGGAGUUUAUUUUGAAUUAUGCAUUAAUAUGAAAAUGUAACUUUCCGAUAAAAAAUGUAUAAUUACCCUGUUUAUUUUCUCUGUAAAAAAGAUAGUGUUUCAGUUUUUUUCUUGACAUAUUUUAUGCAGUUUUUCAUAAAAUGCAAUGGGAAAAAAUUUAAGUAAUAUUGUUAGCAUUUAAUUUAUAAAUACAAAAGUUUUUUAAUGAUACAUUAAAGGAUUAGAUUUCAAAAUAGCUUUUCCAGUUGGGUUUUUGUGAUUGAAAUAAACUGGCACGUUAUAUUGAAUGCUUUCAUUGGCAAACUGUAGUAAGAUAGAUGCCGAGGUAGAGCAGAUUGGUGCCGACUGGUUCUUUCCGAUUUUAGUCAAUUUCUCUGCUUUUUUGGAGGUGAUAAAAGGAAAUUUUUCACAGAAAUUUCAAACUUUAUUUUAGCUAAUAACCAUCUAUAUUGUAGACUCUAACCUUUGUAAGAAAUAGUUUUGCUAGGACAUCAAACAUAUUUCUAUCAACCCAAACAAAGUAAUAUACACUUAGAAUUAGUGUUCUAGUUAUUUGUCUUUUCUUUUCAUUAUAAGAGUUUAACAUUUUCUAUGUUGAUGAUGAUGAUGAUGAUGUUUGUAUAGUUCUGAUAUCCAUAUGCUUUUAUCAAUUUAUGUAUUUUUCCAGAUUAUCUUUUUGUAUCUUUGUUUCUCUGAAUUUUUUUGUCUUUCUAUUUUAUUUAUUUUUCCUUUUUUAAUCUACUGUAGGCAGGACAUAGAAUUUUGUCUCUUCUAAAAUUUUACUCCAUUUUUUAUAGUGUUGACUGUUUGAAGUGUCUUUUUUUUUUUUUUUUCCAUGUCAAAUUGUACUGUUUGUUUCACAAGUUCUUUGCAAGACUAACUUUAAUGUCUAUACAAUGCAGCUCUCUGCACUGUAUACACUUGAGGAUUUCUCAACAAUAUUGUUUUUAGCUAAUUUGUAAAUAUUUAGACACUUCCAGAAUCCUCAAUAAUGAAUGUUUACAAAGUGAAUUAGCUGGCCUGUAAUGAUGUAUAUUCUUGUAAAAAAUAAACAAAAUAAAAAGGAUAAAUAAACAAUUAAAAUGUGAAUUAGA